GGAAAAGGCGGGAUUGCAUCCGGGCUGUUGGCGCGGAGCGGCCGCCGGUGUGAGAAGGGACUGUCCUCGGCUGCAUUCGGCAUUUUGCAAAGGCUUUGGUUUGCAUUCGAGGAGCAAUGGUGGGCGAACGCGGACAUUUCUACGGCGUCUACCUUCUGCUGUGCAGAAACCCCAAGUUCCAGGGCCGCGUCUACAUCGGGUUCACGGUGAACCCACAGAGGAGGGUCAGGCAGCACAACGCGGGCAAGCGCCACGGAGGGGCCUGGCGCACCAGUGGCAGGGGACCCUGGGAUAUGGUGUUGAUUGUCCACGGAUUUCCCUCGGCAGUGGCUGCACUGAAGUUCGAGUGGUCCUGGCAGCACCCAUCCAGAUGCCGGCAGCUGGCGGGGGUGAGGGGCCGCAGCCGGGCGGAGGGCAGUUACCCCUUCCACCUCCGGCUGCUGUGGGAGCUACUGCGCUGCCCGCGCUGGGGGCGCUUCCCCCUCACCCUCCGCUGGAUCCACCAGCAGCAUCGGCAGGAGUGGCCCCCCGGCAGCGCGCCCCCGCCCCACGUGGCCCUGGCCUUCGGAGAGGUGGGGGGUGGGCCAGCUGAAGAGGGGAGCGAGACGGAGACGGGGAUGGAGAUGUGGACGGGGACCGGAGGAGAGUGCAGCGUGUGUGGCAAACCGCUAACGGAGGACGGGGUGCUGGUCUCGUGUGUCCACCCCUGGUGCACAGCACGAUCCCACAUCAUCUGCCUGGCUCAGAGAUUCCUGCAGGGAGACCCUGAGCAGCUGCUGCCCCUCGAGGGGGUGUGUCCAGGCUGUGGUCGGUCAUUUCUUUGGGGGAACCUGAUGCGACACAUGAGCGAAUCGCGCAAAGACAGAGGGACUGUCUGCCUCUCGGAGCCCCCUCAGCAGGGUCACUGGGCAGAUCUCCUCAGUAUCUGAGCCUCAGGAAGCAAAGAGACGACCUGCUGGAGGAACUCGGCUGUUCGAGUGGAGGCUGUGGGUGGGGUGUCAGGAACCGUUGAUGGGUGUUGUCCAGACAGGAAGGACUGAGAGCGGGGAAAGGGGGCAUUGAAGAGAAAUUUCGUUUCUGUGGUCUCCUGUAGCUCUAGCAACAUCUUUGAGGAAGGGUCCUCCAGUGGGAGUUGGGUCAAGGGUCUCCCAUUGGGUUUUAGGUGGAGGGUCUCCCAGUGGGAGUUGGGUGGAGGGUCUCCCAGUGGGUUUUAGGUCAGGGGUCUCCCAGUGGGUUUUAGGUCAGGGGUCCCCCAGUGGGUUUUGGGUGGAGGGUCCCCCAGUGGGUUUUGGGUGGAGGGUCUCCCAGUGGGAGUUGGGUGGAGGGUCUCCCAGUGGGUUUUAGGUCAGGGGUCUCACAGUGGGAGUUGGGUGGAGGGUCUCACAGUGGGUUUUGGGUGGAGGGUCUCCCAGUGGGUUUUAGGUCAGGGGUCUCACAGUGGGAGUUGGGUGGAGGGUCUCACAGUGGGAGUUGGGUGGAGGGUCUCCCAGAGAGUUUUAGGUCAGGGGUCCCCCAGUGGGAGUUGGGUGGAGGGUCUCCCAGUGGGUUUUAGGUCAGGGGUCCCCCAGUGGGAGUUGGGUGGAGGGUCCCCCAGUGGGUUUUAGAUCGAGGGUCUCACAUUUGGUGUCUGAGUGUUGUGGGAGGACUGGGCCAGAGAGAGACCAGGGGUCAGUUGAGUAAAAUCCCUUUGUCACUCCCUGUGCCAAACCACUCAGUGUCCAGGCCCCAGUCUGUCCCUGACCAAUCCCAUCAAAUCACCACAGCCAUCUCUGUCCCCCACACUCCUACUUUCUCCAUGCCUCCUCCCUCCCAUCUCUGUGUCUCUCCCAUUUAUACCAGAAAUUCAAGUGUCGGGGCAGAAGUGAGUGCUGUUGCUAUUUUUAAGAAGAAGGUGCUUGGGAAGCUGAAAGAUCUGAAGGUAGAUAAGUCACCUGGACCAGAUGAACUACACCCCAGGGUUCUGAAAGAGGGGACUGAAGAGAUUGUGGAGACAUUAGUAAUGAAACGUUACAAUAUAUGGUACACUUUGGUUGUUUGUCAGUGUUUGUGUGUAGUUUUUGAUUGAUUCUAUUGUAUUUCUUUGUUCUAAUGCGUAUUUGUUCCCACAGGAAAAUGAAUCUCAGGGUGGUAUAUGGUGACAUACACAUACUUUGAUAAUAAAAUUUACUUAACAAACUUUGAUCUUUUGUGAAUCUAGGAUUUGGUACGGUUCCGGAGGACUAAAAAUUUGUGAAUGUCACUCCACUCUCUCGGAGGGAGGGAGGCAAAAGUUAGGAAAUUAUAAGUCAGUUAGCCUGACCUCAGUGGUUGGGAAGAUGUUGUAGUUGGCUAUUAAGGAUGUGGUUUUGGGGUCCUUGGAGGCGCAUAAUAAAAUAGGCACUAUCAGCACGGUUUCCUUCAGGGAAACGUGAUGCCUGACAAAUCUCUUGGAAUUCUUUGAGGGGAGUAACAGCCAAACCACAUCUGCUCAACCUUCCCAUCUCCUUGACAAAGGAGUCAGUGGGUUGGAUUUUCAGAAGGUCCUUGACAAGGUGGCACACAUGAGGCUGCUAAACAGGGUAAGAGCCCACGGUAUUACUGGAAAGAUACUAGAAUGGAUAGAAGAUUGCUGAUUGGCUGGAGGCAAAGAGUGCAAUAAAAUCAGGUUUAUCAUCAGCAUCUUGUGCGGUGAAAUUUGUGGCUUUGCAAGAUGUUAAAUUACAAAAUAAAUAAAUUACAGUAUAUACUAAAGGAAUAGCGAGGAAGUGUUUAUGGAUCGGUUGUCUGAUGGCAGAGGGGAAGAAGCAUGUUCCCUAGUCACUAAUCUUCAGACUCCUGUGCGCCCUCCUGGUGGUAGCAAUGAGAAGCGGAGGUGGGUGGUGUUGAGGGUGUUUACUGAUGGACACCGCAGCUGCCUCUGGAAGGUGAGAGUGGUGGGGAGGGUUGUGACCAUGUGGAGUAGACUGUGUCCACAGCCCUCUGCAGCCUGCCAUGAUCCUCCCCACCGGGGGGCGAUGUACCAAAUCAGAGUCCUCUCCACGGUACAUCCGUAGACGUUUGCCACAGGCUUUGGUGACAUGCCAAGUCUCCUCAAAAGCCUAAUGAAAUAUGGCCACUGAUGUUCCUUCUUCAUAAUUGCAUCAGUAUGUUGGGCCCCACACAGAUCUUAAGAGAUAUUGACACACAAGAACUUGAAACUGCUCCCCCGCUUUCCACUGCUGAUCCUUCUAUGAGGACUCAUGUGUGUUUUCUCAACUUCCCCUUCCUGAAGUCCAUCAUCAAUUUCUUGGUCUUACUGACGAUGAGUUGCUGCAAAACCACUCAAGCAGCUGAUCUGUCUGGCUCCUGUACGCCCUCUCGUCACCAUCUGAAAUUCUGCCAACAAUAGCUGUGUCAUUGGUGAAUCUAGAGAUGACAUUUGAGCUGUGCCUCGCCGCACAGUUGUGGGUGUAGAGAGAGUAGAGCAGUGGGCUAAGCAUGCAUCUUUGAGGUGCACUAGUGUUGAUUGUCAGUGAGGAGGAGAUGUUAUUGACUGUGUUGCCCCGAUGAGGAAUUCAAGGAUCCAGUUGAAGAGGGAGGUAACAGGCAGGUUUUGGAGCUUGUUGAUUAGAACUGAGGGUAUGAUGGUGUUGAACACUGAGCUGUGAUCAAUAAACAGCAGCCUGACACAGGUAUUGCUGUUGUCCAGGUGACCCAAGGCCAGUGAGAUUACAUCUGUGGUAGGCUUGGUGUGACAGCAAUUUGCAGCAGUUCCCAUUCCUUGCUUAGGCAGGAGUUAAUUCUAGGUAUGACCAAUCUCUCAAAGGACUUCAUCACAGUCCAUGUCAGUGUAUCAGUGUUCUUCUUGGGCACUGAUAUGAUUGUUGCCCUUUUGAAGCAGGUGGGAACUUAUGCCUGCAGCAGUGCGAGAUUGAAGGGGCUGGAAUGGAGGGGCUACUGCACAGGACCGAAAGAAGCUGCAGGAGGUUGUAAAUCUAGUCCGCUCCAUCCUGGGUACUAGCCAGGACACCUUCAGGGAGUGGUGUCUCAAAAAGGCAGCGUCCAUUAUCAAGGACCUUCAUCACCCAGGGCAUGCACUUUUCUCACUGUUACCAUCAGGUAGGAGAUACAGAAGCCCGAAGGCACACACUCAGUGAUUCAGGAACAGCUUCUUCCCCUCUGACAUCCGAUUCCUAAAUGGACGUUGAAUCUUUGGACAUUACCUCACUUUUUUAAUAUACAGUAUUUCUGUUUUUGCAUAUUUUUUUAAUCUGUUCAAUAUACGUAAUUGAUUUACUUGUUUGUUAUUAUUUUUAUUUUAUUUAUUAUCUUUUCUCUCUGCUAGAUUAUGUAUUGCAUUGAACUGCUGCUGCUAAGUUAACAAAUUUCACGUCACAUGCCGAUGAUAAUAAACCUGAUUCUGAUUCUGAAAGAUGUCCUUGAACACUCCUCCCAGUUGAUUGGCACAGAUUUUCAGUGCCCUACCAGAUACAGCAACCUGGAAAUAAAACUGGUCCUUUCUUGUUGACUGUUAGUAACUAGUGAUAUUCUGCAAGGGUUAGUGUUGGGACCACUGAACGUUUCCUAUAGCAAAGGAGUCUACGACCAAAGGGCACAGCUUCAGAAUAGAAGGACGUCCCUCUCCAUAUAACCAUAUAACAAUUACAGCACGGAAACAGGCCAUCUCGGCCCUGCUAGUCCGUGCCGAACUCUUACUCUCACCUAGACCCACCAACCUGCACUCAGCCCAUAACCCUCCAUUCCUACUGCACAGAGUCUUGUCAUCUUCAGAAGUUUUCGGAUGACUCUGCCAUAGUUGGAUGCAUCAGCAAGGGAGAUGAGGCUGAGUACAGGGCUGCGGUAGGAAACUUUGUCACAUGGUGUGAGCAGAAUUAUCUGCAGCUUAAUGUGAAAAAGACUAAGGAGCUGGUGGUAGACCUGAGGAGAGCUAAGGUACCGGUGACCCCUGUUUCCAUCCAGGGGGUCAGUGUGGACAUGGUGGAGGAUUACAAAUACCUGGGGAUACGAAUUGACAAUAAACUGGACUGGUCAAAGAACACUGAGGCUGU